AUGUCUGCUUUAACUAGAUCCAGGGCAUUUACAGCUCCAUCCCUCUCAUCUGGACUCAUUCCUGUCACCCUGCCCGAAUUACCAUGCUCAUGUCUCCCGCCUCGACCGCCCGUGCCAUCCUACGGUUAUCGUGUUGAUGAGUACAUUCAAAACCACAGGGUUCAGUCGUCCCUUUCUCCCAGCGACAGCGGUACUCCGAGCCAUAUUGCCGACGUGAACCUGGACUUAGGAGAUCCAGCGCGACUAGAUUCUCCAGAUAGUGAAGUCCGGUCAAUAGAAUUUGGGCUCGAUACUCGUGUCAACGUGACUGCGGAAGUCCCGGAAUUGGCUUCGUCCGCUCUCACCCAAGCUCGAAGUGUGACACAAACUGUAGACGACCAGUGGUACGAAUCAACCUUGGACCUGCAGAGCAUAGGGGAGGAUCUCUUUACUACCUAUAAACAACGUCGUUCCGAGUUAAGAACUAUGCUCCGUACCGCAGAUUCUAUCCUCAGUCGGUCAACACUAGGAGACCAUAAUACAUGGUUGCGAUUUCGUCAAGUCAGCGAGGCUGCCCAAAGUAGAUUGAGAUCGUUGGACGACCUCAUCUACGAUCGGUCACGGCUCCGAAGUGGUCGAGGACAGGCAACAUCGUCCCGGGCCACAAAGCCAUGGAGACGAUGGUAUUCUUUUGUCAAAUCGCACCUUAUAAUGUGCCAACUUUCCCGGGACACACUUGAAAAGUGUAUUCAACAAGUGGAUAAUGAGCUUGCCCGCAGUACGGCUGAUGAACCGUUUCCACAACAUCAACUCCUCAGCUCGUACAUUACAGAAAUCUGA